AUGUCAAGGUCGGCAACACCUUCAUUACCUUUGCAUAAUGCAUCAAACACCGAUUAUUUACGGCCUCCCUCUACAACCCCUAUGACCGGGCGGCCAGAUGCUCCAUCAUCGACAUCCACCUCCGCAUAUUCAUGGCUCGAGCCUCAUGAAACCGCCGAGCGACUACGAACCUCUCUUUUACAUGGUAUAACCCCCGCUGAGGCGGAGGUACGCUUAGCACGAGAUGGACCGAACGAGCUUCCUCACGAUGAGCCGGAACCCCUGUGGCUACGGUUUCUCAAACAAUUCAAAGAGACUCUCAUCCUCCUGCUGCUCAGCUCGGCAGGAAUCUCGUUCGUGAUGGGCAACUAUGACGAUGCCAUCAGCAUUACUCUCGCGGUGACAAUUGUGGUGACAGUCGGUUUUGUGCAAGAGUACCGGUCGGAGAAGUCAUUGGAGGCGCUGAGCCGGCUUGUGCCCCAUUAUGCCCAUUUGAUCCGUGAUAUUCCAACUACAUCCUCCAUGGCAGCCGAGAAUAGCGGUACCCCGCCUUUGGACUCGGGCAAGGAAUUGGACGAACUUAGGAGCAAAAGUCCAGGUUCGGCAUCUGCCGCGGUCAAGGCAUCUUCGACCGUACCAGCUAACGAACUCGUGGCCGGAGACUUGGUUCUUUUCACUACUGGAGAUCGCAUUCCCGCUGAUAUUCGGAUCACCGCCGCAACGGACCUCAGCAUUGACGAAUCGAACUUGACCGGUGAGAACGAGCCUGUCACAAAAUAUGCCGAAGCUCUGCGAAGCACGCCUGCUGGCACCACCGCAGCGUUCAAGGGACCAGAACCACCUCGCUCGCCGUUUUAUGAUGCACCAGCUACUGGUGCUGUCGGCGCUGACAUUCGAUUGAAUGAGCAGCACAACGUUGCGUUCAUGGGUACAUUGGUCCGCUCAGGCUAUGGCCAAGGUAUUGUCAUCUCGACCGGUGCAAAGACGGAGUUUGGCAGUAUCUCGGCUUCUUUGCAAGAUAUCGAGAGCCCUCGAACCCCGUUACAAUUGUCUAUGGAUCGAUUGGGCCAGGAACUAAGUUAUAUCUCAUUUGGAGUCAUCGGACUGAUCGUGGUUAUUGGUCUUUUGCAAGGCCGUAAACUUCUUGAGAUGUUCACAAUUGGUGUUUCGCUGGCCGUCGCAGCCAUUCCGGAAGGGUUGCCCAUCAUUGUCACAGUCACCCUCGCCCUAGGUGUUCUGCGCAUGGCGAAGAGAGGGGCUAUCAUGCGGAGACUCCCCAGCGUUGAGACUCUGGGCUCUGUCAAUGUUGUUUGUUCGGACAAAACCGGCACCCUGACUCUCAACCAUAUGACGGUCACCAAGAUGUGGCACUUCGACUGUGAGCAGCCAUUCGAGAUUCAAAAGGAUAUGACCACGGUGAUUGCUCCUGGGCCUGCAGCGCAGACGAUUCUCCGUGUCGGAAACAUUGCCAACAACUCUCGGUUGUCGCGGAUGCACGCCAAUUCACCUGCCAGCGCAUCUUCUGCGGCAGUCCUUUCCUCGACUCUUAACAGCGAUUCAGCUGCUGCCAAAAGUCGCUGGGUAGGCCAGCCCACUGAUGUGGCUAUCCUCGAUCUACUGGAUAACUUAGGAGAAGACGACGUGCGCGAUCGUAUCAGUGCUCGAGUUCAUGAGACGCCAUUUAGUUCCGAGCGCAAAUGGAUGGGUGUCGUCAUUGGUAGCACUUCUGGCUCUUAUGGAGGUUCCCACGUUGCCUAUAUCAAGGGUGCUCUCGAACAAGUCCUGGCGCGCUCUGACACCUAUUUGACCAAAGAUGGACGAGAAGUCAUUCUGGAUGAGCCUCGGCGCAAGGUCAUCAGGGACGCAGCAGAGAACAUGGCAUCAGAGGGCCUUCGGGUUCUUGCUUUUGCCAGUGGGGCUGUCCGAGAAUCUAGAGGUAGCAGAGGCUACCGAUCCCCGAAAACCGCCCAACUUGAUGAAGAUGAGCGGUACAACGGUCUGGUCUUUGCUGGACUGGUGGGUAUGAAUGACCCGCCUCGCAAGGACGUACACAAAUCUAUUCGCCGCCUCAUGUCUGGUGGAGUCAGGAUCAUCAUGAUUACUGGUGACGCCGAGACAACUGCUGUAGCAAUCGCGAAAAAGCUCGGUAUGCCCGUUAGCGAUGCUCCUAACGCACGUUCGGUCAUCCGCGGCGAUGAACUCGACCGAAUGACCGCUGGCGAGCUUGCCCAGGCAAUCUCAACAGUCUCGAUCUUUGCCCGUACCAGUCCAGACCACAAAAUGAAAAUUGUGCAUGCACUCCAAUCUCGCGGCGAUGUGGUUGCCAUGACCGGCGACGGUGUCAAUGAUGCACCUGCUUUAAAGAAAGCAGACAUUGGUAUUUCUAUGGGCAAACUUGGUACCGAUGUUGCCAAGGAGGCAGCGGAUAUGAUCCUUACCGACGACGAUUUCUCGACUAUUCUGCGCGCCAUUGAACAGGGCAAAGGCAUUUUCUAUAACAUCCAGAACUUCAUCACAUUUCAACUCAGUACCAGCGUGGCUGCACUCAGUCUUGUACUGCUAAGCACCACUCUUGGCUUCAAGAAUCCGCUUAAUGCCAUGCAGAUCUUGUGGAUUAACAUUCUCAUGGAUGGCCCGCCAGCCCAAUCCCUCGGCGUGGAGCCCGUAGACCCCUCAAUUAUGAACCGCCCACCGCGCCCCAAGACAGCUCGUGUCCUUACAAGACCUCUGAUCCAGCGUGUCCUCACCCAGGCCCUGGUCAUCAUGGUAGGCACACUGUCAAUUUACAUCCACGAAAUGGGCGAUAUCACCGACGGUUCUCCAGUGGACAAGCGUUCUCGCACUGUAACAGCCCACGACACAACCAUGACCUUUACCUGCUUCGUCCUCUUCGACAUGUUCAACGCGCUCAGCUGCCGGAGUGAAGCCAAGUCCGUGCUCCGCGGUGAGAUGCCGUUGUUCGGAAACACAAUGUUCAACUACGCCGUGCUGGGCUCCUUGGCCGGCCAGGCUUGUGUGAUCUACCUGCCCUUCUUGCAGCGCAUUUUCCAGACCGAGCCUCUUAGUUUCGGCUCUCUGGUCAAGCUGUUCUUCAUUGCCAGCUCAGUCUUCUGGGUCGACGAAGGCCGCAAGUAUUUGCAUGCCAUUCGUCGUCGCCGUGGAGUCGGCUCGGGAUAUAGUGUCAACGUCUGA